AUGGCGUCGUUUCUGGAAAAUUCAUACAGUUUAGUCCACCUGGACAACACUGCUGAUCAGCCCUCGCAGCAGGAGCUGAAGUUGCAGCUGGAAAAGGGCAAUGAUGAGACCAAGAUGGACACAAUGAGGAGGAUCAUUACGAUCAUGCUCAAUGGAGACCCCAUGUCGGGGUUGUUGAUGCACAUUAUUCGCUUCGUUAUGCCAUCCAAGAGCAAGCCCCUCAAGAAACUGCUAUACUUCUACUACGAGAUCUGUCCGAAGCACGACUCAAGCGGCAAGCUGAAGCAGGAGAUGAUCCUCGUGUGCAAUGGCAUUCGUAACGAUCUCCAGCACCCCAACGAAUAUAUCCGAGGCAACACUCUGCGAUUCCUUUGCAAGCUCCGAGAGCCCGAACUCAUUGAACCCCUCCUUUCUUCUGCACGCUCAUGCUUGGACCACCGACACGCAUAUGUACGAAAGAGCGCCGUAUGGGCCAUCUCGUCUAUCUUUCAACACUCGGAAUCUCUCAUCCCGGAUGCGCCAGAGCUCAUCCAAGCAUUCCUGGAAACGGAAUCCGACGGUACUUGCAAGCGCAAUGCAUUUGCGGCUCUUAUGUCUAUCAGCCACCAGGCAGCUCUCGAGUACCUUGCCUCUACCUUCGACAGCAUUCCCAAUACGGACGAGUUGCUCCAACUUGCGGAGCUCGAGUUUAUCAGAAAGGAUGCGGUGCAAAACUCUCAGAACAAGGCGAGGUAUCUGCGUUUGAUCUUCGAUCUUCUCGACGCGUCCACGAGUACUGUGGUAUACGAGGCUGCCACAUCCCUUACAGCACUUACAAGCAACCCGGUCGCCGUUAAAGCCGCUGCAGGGAAAUUGAUCGAGUUGAGCAUUAAAGAGGCCGACAACAACGUCAAGCUUAUCGUCCUAGACCGAGUGGACCAGUUACGGAUUCGCAAUGAAGGUGUUCUCGACGAACUCACGAUGGAAAUCCUCCGGGUUCUCUCUAGCCCAGAUAUCGAUGUGCGAAGGAAGGCUCUCGGUAUUGCCUUGGAAAUGGUCUCGAGUAAGAACGUGGAGGAGAUUGUGAUGCUAUUGAAGAAAGAGCUCUCCAAGACUGUGGACGAACAAUAUGAAAAGAACAGCGAGUACCGGCAACUACUCAUCCAAUCGAUUCACAACUGCGCUAUCAAGUUUUCGGAGAUUGCUGCUAGCGUUGUCGACCUGUUGAUGGACUUUAUUGCCGACUUCAACAACAACUCCGCUGUCGACGUGAUCUCAUUUGUCAAGGAAGUAGUCGAGAAAUUCCCCAAGCUUCGUGCAUCCAUUGUAGACCGGUUGGUCUCUACUCUGAGUGAAGUCCGGGCAGGAAAGGUUUACCGUGGUGUUUUGUGGGUCGUUGGUGAAUAUUCGCUUGAGGAGAGGGAUAUUCGUGAAGCAUGGAAGAAGAUUAGGGCAAGUCUCGGAGAAAUCCCCAUCCUGGCUUCGGAGCAACGUCUUCUCGAAGAAGUACCUGAAGACACCUUGCCUAAGGAGCAGAUAAAUGGCCACAAGUCGGCCCCGAAGGUGUUGGCAGAUGGUACCUAUGCAACAGAAAGCGCCUUGACCAGCCAGUCUGCGGCUGCCGCUCGUCUACAGGCAGUCAAGGCGGCGCAGAAGCCUCCUCUGCGCCAGCUAAUUCUGGACGGCGACUACUACUUGGCUACUGUUCUUUCUUCCACAUUGACCAAGUUGGUAAUGCGACAUUCCGAAGUCUCUGAGGAUUCUGCUCGGACCAAUGCCCUGCGCGCUGAAGCUAUGCUGAUUAUGAUCUCCAUCAUCCGCGUGGGUCAAUCGCCAUUUGUCGCUGCCCCGAUUGAUGAGGAUUCAGUUGACCGUAUCAUGACCUGUGUCCGUUCUCUUGCUGAGUUCUCCGAGAGGAAGGAGCUGGAGACGACGUUCCUCGAGGACACGCGCAAGGCGUUCCGCGCCAUGGUUCAGGUCGAAGACAAGAAACGCGCCGCGAAAGAAGCUGUGGAGAAGGCUAAGACUGCCGUUCAGAUCGAUGAUGCCAUUCCGAUCCGGCAGUUCACGAAGAAGUCUGCUCUCGAGGGCGCAGAGGAGAUUGAGCUCGAUCUAGCCAAGGCCACAGGAGGUGACUCUACGGUGGAAACCGUGUCGUCGAAGUUGAGCCGUGUCGUGCAGCUCACCGGUUUCUCAGAUUCCGUGUACGCGGAGGCAUAUGUUACAGUUCAUCAAUUCGACAUUGUUCUAGAUGUUCUCCUCGUCAAUCAGACCGUGGAGACUCUUCAGAACCUGUCCGUCGAAUUCGCCACAUUGGGAGACUUGAAGGUCGUAGAACGGCCGACUACUCACAACCUCGGCCCUCGUGACUUCUUGAACGUGCAGGCUACAGUCAAGGUGUCAUCAACAGAUACAGGUGUCAUCUUCGGUAACAUUGUGUACGACGGUGCUAGCUCGACAGAAACUCACGUUGUCAUUCUCAACGACAUCCAUGCCGACAUCAUGGAUUACAUCCAGCCCGCCCACUGCACCGAAACCCAGUUCCGAACAAUGUGGACAGAGUUCGAAUGGGAGAACAAGGUUAACAUUAACUCAAAGGCCAAGACUCUCCGUGAGUUCCUCAAGCAACUCAUGGAGAGCACUAACAUGGCGUGCCUCACGCCCGAGGCGUCGCUCACCGGCGACUGCCGGUUCCUCAGUGCUAACCUCUACGCUCGAAGCGUAUUUGGUGAGGAUGCUCUAGCGAACUUGAGUAUCGAGAAGGAAGGAGACGACGGGCCGGUCACUGGUUUUGUCCGGAUACGAAGCCGUUCUCAAGGGCUGGCUCUCAGCCUGGGCUCACUGAAAGGCCUCAAAGCCUCGACGGCAUGA